UACAAACAAACUCAACCGGAUCAAAGUUCAACCUAGUGAAGUAGAGCUCAGAAGAAUGUCGAAAAUACUUUAAACUGAGUAGCUAUCGUCAAAAAUAAAGAUUUGGACUGUGCUGAAGCGAACCGUCAGUGAAUUUCGCGUGAGAAGAAUUUUAAUGAGCAAACGCAGCCUCUUUUUCGUCCUGAAUUGUUUACGUACAGUACCAGCACCGUAUGUGGAUUUUAUAUUAUGGUGAUUUGUGUAUUUUGUGUUUUGAAACGUGUUUGUUACAGUCAGCUCGUCACUUGUCUCUAACAAACAGAGCAUGACAAAUCGUUCCCUUUGAUUUUUUUUUGGAAACGCUCCAACAAGCGGUGGUUCACUUUACAUUUGUGUAAAAUUUUAGAGUUUUGCUGAGCUGAAGAUCCUGUUUUGAACAUGCUUCGGAGGUUUUCUACGUUUCUUAGACGUUACAUCACAACUACAUCUAGCAGACAUUGCAAACAAGACAGCCUGUUUACGAUCCAUCCAGAUGUGAAAGAAGCCUUAGUGCAUCACAGGCCAGUUGUGGCUCUGGAAAGCACUAUUAUCACACAUGGGAUGCCUUAUCCUCACAAUCUCAGCACAGCAAAAGAGGUCGAGGCUAUUGUGAGGGCUGAAGGUUCAAUCCCAGCAACCAUUGGAAUUCUUGAGGGGAGGAUUCAUGUGGGCCUUUCUUCAGAUGAACUGGACUUCCUGGCACAAAGCAAAACAGCACUGAAAGUGUCCAGAAGAGACCUACCAUAUGUCAUCAGCAAGGGUCUGUCGGGUGGCACCACUGUCUCUGGCACAAUGAUCGCUGCACACAAGGCUGGGAUUCCUGUCUUUGUAACCGGAGGCAUUGGAGGAGUGCAUAGAGAUGGAGAAAACUCUCUGGAUGUGAGUGCGGAUCUCACAGAACUGGGUCGAACGCCUAUCGCGGUUGUGUCUGCUGGGGUGAAAUCCAUUCUAGAUAUUGGUCGCACUCUUGAGUAUUUGGAAACCCAGGGUGUGUGUGUGGCCACAUAUGGAGAUUCAAAAAGCUUCCCGGCUUUCUUCUCCCGUCAAAGUGGAUUUACUUCUCCUUACAAUAUCUCCAGUCCUCAAGAAGCAGCAGAUCUUAUUGCAAGCACAUUUUCUCUGGGACUGAAGAGUGGUCUUCUUUUGGCCGUGCCGAUCCCAGAGGAACAUGCAGCCACGGGACAACAGAUAGAAGAUGCCAUACAAACAUCAGUGACUGAGGCCAGCUCAAAAGGAGUAACAGGAAGAGAUGUCACUCCUUUUAUCCUUCAGAGGGUCAGUGAACUGACUAAAGGGAAGUCUUUGCAAGCCAAUAUAGCACUCAUCCGUAACAAUGCCAGAGUGGGCAGUCAGAUUGCAUGUGCUCUUUCUAAACGCAAUGAAAACAAAGGAGGCCAUUUUAGAGGCAAUAUUAAGACCCAAAAAGCAAUGGAUCAAAAAAUGGAAUCCAAAACUAUUGUUAUCGGUGGAAUAAACGUUGAUUUCAUCGCUAAAGGAACAACAAAGAAAUUGCUGUUUGGUCAAACAAACCCAGGAAGCGUGUGCCAGUCUUUUGGAGGAGUGGGCAGGAAUAUUGCUGACUGUUUAAGCCGAUUAGGACACAAACCCCUCUUCAUCUCUGCCAUCGGCAAAGACUCUCAUAGUGAUGCUGUGUUAAACUACUGUAAACAUAUGGAUACAAGUGCGGUUGCCAGAUUGCAGGACCAAAGGACGGCCACCUAUUGUGCAGUCAUAACUGAGUCUGGAGAGUUGAGCCUGGGACUGGGCGACAUGGACAUUCAUCAGCAAAUACAAGAGCAGUAUGUGUCUCAGUUUGAAGAUCAGCUAUCAUCAGCAUCUCUUGUAGUUCUUGAUGGAAACAUUCCAGUUUCAACCAUCGAUUACGUGUGCCGUAUCGCCAAGAAAUACGCAGUGCCUGUGUGGUUUGAGCCCACGGAUGCAGAUAAGGCCUGUAAGCCCUUCCUGUCAGAGAGCUGGAAAGCGCUGGCCUUCACCUCCCCCAAUCUGACGGAGCUCUGCACCAUGAAUCACACACUCGGUCUGCCCACUCCUGCAGAGCUGCCCCGAUCGCUAGAGGAUGUUUUGGGUUGUGUAUUGGCUCUCUCUCGCCCCCUGCUGGAGCAUCUGCAUUGUGUCGUGGUCACUUUAGGUUCGCUGGGUGUGCUGGUGUGUGGAGAACAUGAAGCCGGGAGUAAUUUGCAGCCACGAAAGCAAAAAAGGAAGUCUCGUCUGUGUGCUGUUCAUUAUCCAGCGCUGACUGUGAGUUCUGAAGAAACAGUAAAUGUAUCAGGAGCAGGUGACAGUUUUGCUGGAGCAAUGAUGGUUGGGAUCCUGCAAGGUCUGCACACGCACAGCUGUGUCCAGAUGGGACUCCUGGCCGCCCGCAGGUCUUUGUUGUCAUCGCAUCCAAUAGAUCCAUCGCUGACGGCACAUGCCAUCCGUCCAGAGAAGUCUCCUUUUCCACAGUGGUCAAAGCCUGCAUUUAUGUGGAUGGAGGAUUGAAAUACGGUCUGAAAGAGAGCAGGCUUUACAUGUAGGUGCUGCAUUUGUGUGGGUUUAAAUGCAAAACAACUUAAGCUGAACGUUAAUUGGAGUUUAAAUUAAUGGAUGUAAACCUCUAUUUAGUCUAUUACCUUAUAUCUUCUAUUGUCUGUGGACAGAAAUAUGAAAAUUCUACCUCAUAAUAAUGGUGAAAUAUUAUGGGCUUUUUACAGUAUUAUUAUUACAUAUACACAUACAUAAAGUACGUGGGUGCUUUUUUACUGAUUUUUAAUUAUGUAAAAAAUGUUUGUGGAUUGCAGAUUACAUUUG